AGGUGAGAGGUGAGCUUCAUUGAUCGAACAGAGGCAACCAACCACAGCAACACAAAGGUCAUCGCCUAGCCCAGCAAUGGUGGCCGCCGGCGAGGCAGGUCAGCACCACGAGUCCGGCGGCGCGGAGUGGAGGGUGACGGUGGCGGAGGCGCCGGAGGCGGAGGUGGAGCAUGAGAACGCGAAAGGCGCGCGGCGGGGGUGCUGCUGCGCCCCGGCGGCGGCGGCGUGGGUGCUGUGGUGGCUGGCCGCGCCGUGGAAGUGGGUGGCCAGGUUCGGGAGGACGGCGUGGAAGGUCGGCGCCGACGACCCGAGGAGGGUGGUGCACGGGUUCAAGGUGGCGCUGGCGCUUACCUUGUGCUCCGCCUUCUACUACGUCCGCCCGCUCUACGUCUUCACCGGCCAGACCGCCAUGUGGGCCGUCCUCACCGUCGUCGUCGUCUUCGAGUACACCGUCGGCGGCUGCAUGUACAAGGGGCUGAACAGGGCGAUGGCGACGGUGGCCGGCGGCGCGCUGGCGCUCGGCGUGCACUGGGUCGCCGACAAGUCUGGCGACGACGCGGAGCCGUUCGUCCUCACCGCCUCGCUCUUCGUGCUGGCCGCGGCGGCGUCCUUCUCCCGCUUCAUCCCCACGCUCAAGGCGCGGUUCGACUACGGCGUCACCAUCUUCAUCCUCACCUACAGCCUCGUCGCCGUGUCGGGGUACCGCGUCGACACGCUGGUCACCAUGGCGCAGCAGCGCCUCAUCACCAUCGCCAUCGGAGCGUUCAUCUGCUUCGCCGUCUGCACGCUCGUCUUCCCGGUCUGGGCCGGGCAGGAGCUGCACGUCCUCGUCGCGCGCAACAUGGACAAGCUCGCCGCCGCCAUCGAGGCCUGCGUCGACGACUACUUCUCCUCCGCCGAGCACGCUGGCGGUGGCGGCGACGCCGCCACGGCGCUGUCGGAGAAGGCGCGCGGGUACAGGGCUGUGCUUAACGCCAAGGCGUCGGAGGACUCGCUGGCGAACCUGGCGAGGUGGGAGCCCGGCCAUGGCAAGUUCGGCUUCCGCCACCCGUACGGCCAGUACCAGAAUGUCGGCGCCGCCAUGCGCUGCUGCGCCUACUGCAUCGACGCCCUCGCGGCCUGCGUCGGCGCGGGCGGGCAGGCGCCGGCGCACGUCAAGAGGCACCUCGCCGGCGCCUGCGUCGCCCUGAGCCAGCACUGCGCCGCCGUGCUCCGCGAGGCGUCGGGCUCCGUCACGUCCAUGACGCGGUCCGGCCGCCUCGCCCUCGUCGUCGGGGACAUGAACGCCGCCGCCCAAGACCUGAGGAACGAGCUGAGAUGCCUCGCCGAGAUACUGGACGACGACGAAGAAGAAGAAGCCGCGUCAUCAGAGGCAGAGCAGCACGAGCACAACACCGCGCCGCCGCCGCCGCCGCCGCUCAUCGAGGCGCUGCCGCUCUUCACCGCCGCCUCUCUCCUGCUUGAGAUAUCCACUAGAGCGGAGGGGGUCGUCGCCGCCGUGGACGCCCUGGGCACCACGGCGAAGUUCAAGAAAGCCGACCACGCCGAACCACCAGCAACCACAACGCUCGACGCCGAGGCGGCCAUGCCCGUACCCAACUCCAACGCCAUCGCCGCAGACGAGGCGCACGGCAAUGCCACCGCCGGCGAGCAUGACAAGAAGGAGACGGCGGAGCAGACGACGACGACGAGCGCGAGCACCGUGGGGCAGCAGCAAGAGGCGCGGGACCAGGUGGGACAGCUGGUGAAGCUGCUGAUGCGGAGGCGGAGCACCAAGAAGUGGGCGCGCGGCGAGCCCAAGGUGGGCCCGUGCCCGAGGCCGCCGCUGGACUUCCCGCCGGUCCACGCGCCCAGCCCGAGGAGCCGGUCCACGGAGCUCGCCGGCCACCCGCCGGUGGUGCCCAGCCCGAGGCACCGGUCCAUGGACCUGGCGAGCCACGGGCUCGCGCUGCCGAGCUCGAGACACCGGUCCAUGGACCUCGCAAGCCAUGGGCCCGUGCUGCCGAGCCCAAGGAACAGGUCCAUGGACUUCACGGCCCACGCGCCGAGCCCGAGAAACCGAUCCAUUCUUGGGAUGGCUUGACGCAUCGAACGGACGCAUCGCAUUGAAAGUGUGGCAAAGAGCCAAAGACAGCACGAGUGUGUGUUUUUUUCUGUCUGACACGACUGACGGAGUUGAAGCAGUAGUUGUGAUGUUUCGCACAGAUGUAAACUUGCUGUUGAUGAUAAUAAUGAACAUGACAAACUACACUACAA